UUGGUCAGGGCGCAGUCAGUAGCACCUCUGUCCUUUAUGUUUUUUACGUUUGUUAAAGCAGAGGGAAAGAAAAAUUCUCCUGAGCUGGGCGAAUUGUGUGCGUUAAUAUGGAUGGAAAGCUCGACGUCACGCUAGUACGGAGCGUCUUUAGAUUUUCACAUCAGCUAAGAGUGCAAGGGUCAAAAUUCACUGAGGACCUUAGUUCAUUCUUCUUCAAUUUGUCAAGUUUUAGCUCCGUCCGUCUUACCCAUACAUCCAAUAACACGACGCUUGAUCCUGGUUAAUCGACAAAUCUGCGUGAUUGUUUUGGAUCAUUCCAGGGAAGCGAUGAUGGACGGGAAAGGAAAAGCAACAAGUGUAUCCCAGUGCUACAUGUGACUCUUUGAGGACACGUUUUCCACGUGUUAUUCAUCAAAUGGACAGCCUGCAGACAACGAGUAGAAGGAACAUGACAAGAAACAGGUCAUCUUCCAGCGGGCCUCCGGAACCAUACUGUCACAUGACACGAGAGGCCAGAGUUUUGCUAAACCCCCAGAAAGGACCAACAUAACUGAUGAAAGCCGUCCAGAAAAUGCAGAUAACGAACAACAACAAGAACGUCUGUCUAGCAUCGUCGCGGAGUUAUUUGUAACAAAGUCGUUAUGCAUUUGAACGUAAUGACAAAAUUUGUCAUCCCAAAAAUAUUGGGUCAGCGACCGCAAAAGACUAGCUUGUACAGUGAAAUGGAAUAUUCAACGAGAUAAAGAAAGAGGACGUUAAAACAAGGAUAAGAAUGUUCACCAUCCUCAAUCAAGACAGUAGUAAAUAUUUCUUCCUGCAAACUACCAGAGAUAACUUCAGGAAUCAACAAGUUUAGACUUACUGCACUACCAAACCAAAUUUUCUUGGAUGACAGAAUUCAAGCAAGCGCCACAAAAAGGAGCACUGCAUCAUUUGGUGCGCAGGAGCGACAAGAAACCCCCGCUGGGAAUCAUUGUCUUAAAAAGAGCACGUACUGCUUUAUACAAGUGACCAGCUAGUUCCACUUCAGCUUUAUUUUCGCAGAGAUAUGUGGAAAUGACCAGUUUACUCAAACUUACUGAGAAGAAAAUAAAAAUCUCAUUUCAAAACCCGAGGAUGGGACAAAAAAAGACUGUAGGCUGAAAAGAAUGCCUUAGCUGGACAAUCACUGUUCAACAAUCCACCACCACCGUCUUGAGUGAAGCUUCAAGAGAUUUAUUUACACAUGGCAUCUGCAGUGAAACGUCCUUCAGCAAAUAUGACUGGAGAAGCAUAUCUGGGUAUGGUUAUCCAGUCUAUACAUUAAUGCGUAGCAUUCUCUGUCUCUUCUGGACAAUUUCCACAAGCUAUUCUGCCAUGUUCCCUAGAGCGUAACCUAUAAUAUAAAGUCCCCCUUCAAAUGAUUAAAUUUCAUGUACUAUUUUCAAAAUGAAUGUUUAAUGAUAAAUAGGCAUGAUAUUAAUCCACUUGAUUGAUUUAAAAAACGUUACUAUGGUUAAUAAAUCAGUCAAAUUAUUGUGUAAAAUUAAUAGCCCUAUCAUUUUGACAUUUUAGUGCGUGUUAUUUUUAUUUAUGUAUUGCUUCUCCCUAUGCUAAUUUGAAAUGAUAUAAACAUCGACAAUUUACAACUCUUAUUAAUAAUUUUCUGUAUGGAGAAUGUCGCCUGUAUUAAAAAAAUAUGGUUUUAAGUUUAACUAAAAAGUCGAAAUAUACCUCGGAUCUUUAGAUUUUAGGAAAGAAUCCUAAUUAGAAACCAAAGACGCGUUUCCCAAACUCCCUCUGUGUAGGAGCAAAAUAUUAUAGCGUCACACAAACCUUAUUUUAAUGGAAGAUUAUAUCUAAGCACAAUGUUAAAAAAGUAGGGUGGCCCACUUUAUCUCGAGAGUGAGAUAAAGCCAAUCUCAGUAGGCAAUUGGUGUAUAUGGGGUGGUUCAUUCAUUCCAGUUCAAUUAGGAACUUAGAUUUGAAACUAGCACAAGAAACUCUCUAGACAGAAACUCUGAGGCUGACCAUUUCAAGUCAGUGGUGUAUAUUGUUUAUGAUGAAUUUUAGGGCCUGUUUAUUUAUAGCUCGCUACAACUCCAGCUGUCCGCGCCGUCACGAAUACAAUAUAAAUUUGUUGUUAUAACUGCUGUGCUCGGUUUAAUUCACAUUAGACCUGCAUUGCGAGUUUAUCAGAUUGAUGGGUGGAUUCGAUUGAUGUGUUUGUCAUGUAAAUACGAAUCGUUUGAUGGACACCUGCAACGCCCAGAGUGCUACCGCAGGUCGCCGACUAUUGGUGCAAAAUUAGUCACAUGAUCUGUCACUUAACUGAUAUGAGCUCGGAUAGAACUUUGUGUGGUUUGACAUACUGCUUAGAGGUUGUAGGGGCACUGGAACCACACAUCAGCCUAUAUUGACCCUGCUUAAUCAAUUUUGCUUGGUCAGUCAACAAUGAAUUCCUUCUUAGAUUAUACGAUUUAUAACCGUGGUGCUAACACUUAUAGUUCGAAGGUUGGGUGUUUUCCUAUGGAGCAAGAAUACUUGCCAAGUGCUUGUGCAAGUACAAAUAGUUACAUUCCCGAGGGACGGCCAGUCGGAGGAAACACUUUUACAACGACGCCGCACGAAACUCAUGGCACAACUUAUUCACAACUUCACUCGCAGCAAUACCACAUCAGUAUGGACAUGGGGAAAACUGGACACAGCAAUUUUUGCAAGCAAACCCGACCUCCUCACUCGGACUAUCAUGGACAUCAACACGUUCUCACUCAAGCAGAUGACCACAUGCGUCUUCAGUCCCCUGCUUUUUCUGUCGUGAACAUGGGAGCCAACAUUGGAGCAUACAGUGAAUCGAACUGCAGGCCUGGCUCAGUCUCUGCAAGUCAUUAUCAGUCAUAUCCCUAUGGAGAACACGAACCACACGGCUAUGGUUCGUUCAACAAGUACCAGGUCUCCCCAGAUAGUGACAGCGACUCCAAGACGAACAUUAAACAGGCGCCAACGUUUGACUGGAUGAAAGUCAAGAGGAACCCUCCUAAAACAGUUAAAGUCACCGAAUAUGGGAUCCACGGCCAGCAGAAUAUAAUACGCACCAAUUUCACCACCAAGCAGCUCACCGAACUUGAAAAGGAGUUCCACUUCAACAAGUACCUGACCAGGGCGCGCAGAGUGGAGGUGGCCGCCACCCUCGAACUAAAUGAAACGCAGGUUAAAAUUUGGUUUCAGAAUCGCAGAAUGAAACAGAAGAAGCGCGAAAAGGAAGGAACAGCCUCCGUAAUUAAACGUGCGACUCUUUGCUCUUCUGGUCAAAGCGCAGACAACUCAAACAGCUCGUCCCCGGGUGCUUCGCCUACCUCAGACUCUUCCACUGCUAUUUGAUGAUUACGUGCCUUUGUGGCAAACGAACUUAUGUUUCAUCAUUAUGCUGUGGGAACUAUUUAACUUAUUCGGCUGUUUUAGACAUAGCGUAAAAUAUGCGUGCAUGUGUGUUUUUUAUAUAACGCAAAAUAAUCAAUUUUGCUGCAUUGGAGCUACUGAAUUUAUGGUUCAAAACAGGGUAUAUGCUUAAUAGUCUGAAGCAAGAUGUUUAAAUGUUCUUUUUUCAUCAUAUGUCAUCAGGUUAAUAUUUUUUUUUUGCACUACUGAAUCAUUCCUCUGUUGAAAGAGUAAAAACAAUGUAGAAAAGACUGACAUGUUUAUGUGUUUAGAAAACAA